AUGGCUGUAAACCCCACGUAUCGCACCGCUCUUGGAAAGGAGCUCACCGCUUUACGGCCGCUUCUUUGCGAUGUCUUCUCGGGAAACCCCGGGUGCACGGGAGAGCCAAUUCUCGAGCCAGGCGCGCUACGUGAACCCAUUGAGUGUGCGAGUGAUAGUGAUGAAAGCACGGAUGCACGUAGUGCUGGCUCUGACGACGAGUGCUCCGAUUCAUCCAGCCAGGCCCGUUCCGAAGCUAAAUCCAACGCCAAGGCUCACUCACAACAAAACCGUCCAGCAUCAAAUCGACCUGUUGACGUGGUAGCGGAUACGCUUCAAGCUCGGUUCGGUUCAAUUGAACGCAUUUUGGCAAGUCGCCAAGCUACGGUGCCGACAACUCAACUUGCCGGGGACAUGAACCAAUUAGUCACUAAACUGACAUCAUCAAUUGACGCCGCCACUGCCAGCCAAGCUGCAUUUAUGGAGAUGCAGCGUGACGUGCACCAGUCGCUACGUCAAAGCGCCGAAAUUCUUCAGCUGAUGUCCGCCUCUGCGUUGGAAGUUUCGCUAAAAUGA